AUGAAGAAAGAUCGUAGAGACAGUGUAUCAAGUACCAGCAGUAGCUAUAGCACCGAUAGCAGUGAUAGUAGUGCUUCUUCUAGCGACAACACUGAGGAAUUCCAAAUUCAAAUUAGAGAAAGAGAAGAUCCUAAUCAAGAUUAUCAAAGACCUGAAUUAUUAAAACAAGCUAUUGCAGAAAUUGAAGCUGAAGUAGCUGCCAAGGCUGAAAAAGAACAAGCUGACAGCAGCAGUAGCAGUGAAUACGAAUCAGAUUCAGAUGAAGAAGAAGACGAUGAUGCUAAACAACUGACACCUGCUGUUGACUCACAGAUCUUUCGAACCAUUGCUGCCAUUCGCGCCAAAGAUCCGCGCGUGUACGACAAGACGGAUUUCUUCAAAGAUAUCAAGCCGGAGACAAAGGAGACCAAAAAAGGAGAGAAGCCAAUGACCCUGAAAGAUUAUGAACGUGAGAUGCUGCUCAGCCACGGUGGUCAUGUUGAGGACGAGGAUAGAGAAAAUUAUGGCCAAGAAGAGCUCACACACAAUCAAGAACAGGAAGAGCUGCGUAAUGCGUUCAAAAGUGUAGCUGAAAAUGAGGAAGACGAAGAUGAUGAUUUUUUGAUCAAGAAAGAAAAGACAAAAGAGGAGAAAGAACAAGAAGAAUCUGAAUAUAAAAAGUUCUUGUUGGAGCAAAUGAAGAAUGAUGAUACAACCAAGGAAGCAUUUAAAGAAUGGACUAAUUAUAAGAAUAACCCAAAUAUCAGUGAAGAAGAUGCUUUCCUGAUGGACUAUGUCUUAAACCGUGGGUGGGUUGAAAAGGAAAAUCCACAUGUUGAAAUCAAUGAAGAGGAAGUGGAGAAGGAUGAAGCAGAGUUGGAUGAUAUUGAUCGAUUUGAAAGUAAAUACAACUUUAGAUUUGAAGAAGAGGGUGCAUCUACUAUCCAGUCCUAUGCUCGAGACAUUGAUGGAACAGUGCGUAGAAAGGAAAGUAAGAGAGCAAAGAGAAGAGCAAGAGAAAAGGCCAAGAAGGAAGCACUGAAGCAGCAAAAGAUUGAGGACUUGAAGCAACAAAAGAAUAAAAAGAUGAAGGAGAUUAAGGACAAAUUAAAGGAAAUUUAUGAAAUUUCGGGUUCAAAGGCAUUAGGAUUAGAAAAUAUAGACUUGGACGCAGAUUUCGAUCCUGAAAAAUUUGAUGAACAAAUGAAUAACGUGUUCAAUGAGGAUUACUAUGCAGAAGGAGAAAAUGUGAAUGAAAAACCAACUUGGAACGAUGAUAUUGAUACCGGCUUACCUGAUGAUGACAAUGAUAAUUUCAUUAUGGAUGCAGACUAUCUUCCUGGUGGUGAAAAGUAUACAGGCAAUGAUAAAAAGAGAAAGCUUGAAAGUGAAGAUAACGAAGAUAGUGAAUCAAAGAAGGCUAAAAGAGAACAAAUUGAAAAGCUCAUGGACGAAUAUUAUUCCCUUAAUUAUGAAGAUGUGAUAGGCGGUGAUGUUUAUACUCGAUUCAAAUACACAAAGACUGAGCCUGAAGAUUAUGGAUUGACGCCUGAAGAAAUCCUACUGGCUGACGAUACUGAACUAAAUAAAUAUGUUGGCAUCAAACAACUGGCUCCAUACCGUCCAGAAUAUAAGAAACAGGUAGAAAAGAAAUACUUUAAGAAAAACAAGACUAUGAAGAAGAGAGAUAUUGAAAAGCAUAUCGCACAGGUGGUCGAAACCCUUCCACCGCCACCACCAACAGCACUUAAAUCAGAGUCAUCAAAAAAGAAAAAGACUCAAAAGCAAAAGAAAAAGCAGACUUAUUAAUAAAAAAAAACUGUAGACUUAUUGCUUUAAAAUUGAUUCUUUCUUUUGGUCAUCAACACUAGGUCAAUCAUUUCUAAAAAAAGAUUUCAGUGUGUUCACGUGAU